ACUGUUUUUCCUUUCUCUUCUGUCAGGAGCGCACGGUGCCUCCAAGGACUGCAGAUUAGCAUUGCCGGGAUGGACGCACCGGUCCUGCAGGGUCUCUGGGACUGGGUGAGAGCCGGCCAGGAGGACAUCCUGCUCUCCCCCUACCUGCCCGCGUCCUACGCGCUCCUGACGCACGUCCUGCUGUGCGCGCCGUUCCUGGCGCUGGACGCCGCGGGCAGCGUGAGUGCGCGGGUCCGCGGCUGGAGGAUCGCAGCGGGCUCGGGUCCGCCGCCGUCCCUGCGGAGCUGGCUGGACUGCUUUGGAAGAGUCCUGUUCAAGUACGCGCUGGCCAUCCUGCCCGCCACGGCGCUGGUGCAGCCGCUGCUGCGCCGCGGCGCCGAGCUGCCGCCGCGGGCUCCGUCCUGCCGCCGCCUCUGCGCCGAGCUGGCCGCCUGCUGCCUGCUGUUCGACGCCUUUGUCUUUGUGUGGCACUACUACCUGCACAGAGUCCCCUGGUUGUACCGGAGAAUCCACCAGCAGCACCAUAAGCACCGUAUUCCCUUCGCUCUGGCAGCCCAGGACGCCAGCUCGGCCGAGCUGCUGUCCCUGAUGCUGCUGGCUCUGGGCAGCGCCUGGCUGCUGGGCUGCCACCCUCUCAGCGAGCUCCUCUUCCACCUCCUCAACAGCUGGCUGGCCGUGGAGGACCACUGCGGAUACAACUUACCCAGGCCGCUCUCCAUUCUGGGAGGAGCCCCCCACCACCAGACCCAUCACAUCCACCCAAACACCAACUACGCCCCCUACUUCACCCACUGGGAUCGCCUCUUUGGCACGUACCGUGCGUCAGUAGUGCGUUGAUCACCCGAAGGACUGGACUGUUUCAUGCAGCAAAAAGAAAGGAUUGUUAAAUGACGUAAAAUGAAGGAUAUUUUCUGCUGGUUUGGUUGUUCAUGACCAGCUCUUUUUGCACAGGUGGCAGUAGAGGAAACCAGCGAGCGCGACAUCAGCGUUCUACAGCAUCAAGAAACUUUGAAAGCACAAAGUCUCAAUUGUACAGAAAUAGCAGUGAUUUCUUCCAUGACCUCAAAUAUGAGUCAAUAAGUUUUACAUUUUGUAAAUUAAUGUCCAAAAAUGAUCAAUUUGAAUUUGUUUGUUUUGCUUAUCAACAUUUGUCACCUUCUGAAAAAAUUCUGCAUGAGCAAAAACAACUUUGUGUACAUUUUUCAAACAAGUUACAAAAAGUUUUUUAAAUUUGAAACAAAAAGACUGCUCAAACCAAGAAGAUGGAAGAAUAAGUUGAAACGAUUGUUCUAGAUAAAAAGCAGGAAAGUCUGGGUGGAGCCGAACACAUCGCUCGGAGAUCCCACAGUGUUUGGGAUCGGAUUGAUUGAUUGAUUACCUGGAGUGUGAACAGUCAAGUCAUAAAUUCUCAUCUUUAAUCCUGCUGCAGGUCCUGAAAGUGAAGUAGAUUAUGAAGAGAAAUGACAUCCAGAGUGUUCCUGCAGGUCAGGAACAAAAGUUCUGAUACCGUUGAAACAAGAGGAAACCAGUUAAUACCCGGAGUGUCUGCAAAGUGAUCCAUUACUUUAUUGUUAUUCUAAAACAGUUGUACAUGUGUAUUUUUUAAACUACAUACAGUGCUCUAACAUGCUCUGUGUUUGAAUGAAGUUUCUUUGAAUUCGAAACCCUUGAUACGCCCUGACAGCUGGUGUCUGCCCUACGCGAUGAAUCGGUUGGAUCCCAUACGUUUUCCAGCAAAGUGGAAAUGGGUGUCCAACUCCUGUGCAAAGCAGCCCAGGAUGGCAGCACAUCCAGGCAAAGGGUCAACACGUUAGGCUUGGCUCAAGUUUAUGCAAAUAAAAGCUUUGAACACAAGGACACAAGGUUCUCAAGCUUUUCUUGCUUUGCCCUGUUUGGAUGAAGAAGCAUUUCCAGGCUCAGAUGAGCUGUGAGAAUCGAAGAUUACUUCACAGCAUCCUUUAAUCGGCACCUUCGCGUUUGUAUCUAACGCGGAACUGAAUUUGCUUACUUUUAGCGGUUUUGUCCCUCAGUAUGUUACUGGUAACACGUGGCAAACGGUCUAAAUAGCAGGCCGGACACAUUUUACACCAUUUGCAAUAUUUGCAGUUCAUUGUGACAAGUCGGGUGAGUUGGAUGGGAGAAGUCCCAACAUGCACAUCUUUUUAAGUAUGGCUGCUAGCUGUCACUAUUACCCUCAGUUCGUGCCCGAUGCUCAGCUUUCAUCAACAGAAAAGCUGAUGUCAAAGAGGUAGAAAGUGGAGAAGAGAAGAAUAAAUACUCACAUUUCAUCAAGUGGUAGAUUACCACCAGCUGUCACUGUUGCUCUGUCUCGUCACCACAAAUGAGUCAGGGUGUACAAAGUCAAAACAUUGCUUCAACUAAAAGGAAAAUGAAAAAUAAAUGAGCAUCAGCAUGCAAAAACCACUUGUGUUAUAAUGCACACACAACUUUACUGGAAACGUUCCUCUUUCUCGGCUUCAUCCUGGUCACCACCAGAAACUUUACACCAACCAUGAAUUCCAAACUAAUCAUUGGUUAAAGCUGCAAUGAUGGGACAAGACUGACUGCCAUUCUCUUAUUUUUUCACCAAAAAUGUAAUUAGCGAGUGUCCCACAAGAUGGUCCACAAGUCGGCGACCAUUGAAGCGUACUGGCAGGAACUUCAGAUUGGAUCCACCAUAAAUGUGCAAACACACAUAAAGCAGUGAGUGUAAAGGUACAAGAGCAUGGCCUUGAUACAUACAAACCCACAUGUUACAUGCUGCCCAUACAAUGUAGUAUACAGUACGUACUGCAUACGACAGUAGUGCAGCAUGUGAGCUACACAGAGCAGAUCUAUAUCGUAUAUACUUUAAAGUUUGUGAAUACCACAGGGUCACACACAAACUUCUACAUGUAGUUUUUUUGAUUUGUCUCCAUGAGCAGAGGCCCAUCAGUUUUUUUUGUGUGUCAUAUCUGUCCUCGAGGGCAGUCCUGCAUCUUAGAUGUUUCCCUGCUUCAGCAGACCGUGAAACAAGGAGCUGUGUCAACAACAGAGCUGUCCAGACCUUGAUGACAAGCUGGUGACGACCGUUAAUUUGAAUCAGGUGUGUUGAUGCAGGGAAACAUCUAAAACCUGCAGGACUGCAGCCCUCGAGGACCGGAGUCCGAGACCCCUGUGUAGUCUGAGGCAACGUCCUGGCAGCUUUGCGUGAAUUCUCACAAACAUUUUUUAUGUUUUGUUACAAGUAAGAAGGCCUCUUCUUUUCUGUACAUGCACACCUUUUAAUUUCCCAGGAACAUUUAUUUCACGCGGGGACAAACACUGGUUUACAACUUCAAACUCCUUCGUGAAGAUGAAUUCACAGACUCUGUGUGCUAACUUGCUCUGUAUUUUCAUUUCAUUCUGUCAUUUGUGAUCCUCCAGAGAGAGAAGCUGUGAUGUAUAAUGUGCUAUAUGACUAAAUAAACUACAGUCAGAGGGCUAAAGAUGAUUUAACAGAGAAGGAAUGUAUGAACGUAUGUGGCUUUGCUCUUAAAAUGCUUUUGUAAAGCAGCUGAUUAAUGAGUUACUGCAUAUGUGCAGCUGGAAUAUUCUUUUUUUAAAAGUCCUUGUUUUUGUCACACAUUUUUUCAGUGAGAGAUCAGACAUAAUUCCUGGAUGCCUUCAUUUUAUAAUGAAUGAAAUCCUUGGUAGUUUCAGCACAAUCUAAAUACAUAAAAUCAUCUUUGUGAAAGAAAUUGUACAUUUCUCCUUAUUUUUUCCACGUUAACCUGUGCUGUAUUUGUUUUUUUCUUCUGUAUUUGACUGCCAUUGGAAACUACAUGAAGACAGGAAACGGCCUUGGUGCUUAGCUUUCUGGCUGAGAGACAGAUUUCUGUUUUGCUGCUGCAGCCACUCGUUUUGGUCC